AUGACUGAUGAACAAGAUCUUCUUGAUUAUGAUGAAACAGAUGAUGUACCACGAAAAGAAGAUAAAAAUGGUAAUAAUGGUGUAAUAUCAAUACAAAAUGGAAGUUCAACUGGUACGCAAAGUGGAGCUGUGCGAGGUUCAUAUGUAUCCAUACAUGCUAGCGGUUUUAAAGAUUUUCUUCUUAAACCUGAAUUACUUCGUUCUAUUAUGGAUUGUGGUUUUGAACAUCCAUCGGAAGUUCAACAUGAAUCUAUUCCGCAAGCUAUUCUUGGUACAGAUAUUGUAUGUCAAGCCAAAUCGGGUAUGGGUAAAACGGCUGUUUUUGUACUUGCAACACUUCAACAACUUGAACCUGUCGAUGGACAAGUAUCGGUAAUUGUUCUUUGUCAUACACGUGAAUUAGCAUUUCAAAUAAGUCGUGAAUAUGAACGUUUUUGCAAAUAUAUGCCAGCUGUAAAAGUAUCGGUAUUUUUUGGUGGUUUACCAACAAAAAAUGAUGAAGAUGUUUUGAAAAAAAAUUGUCCACAUAUUGUUGUUGGUACACCUGGCCGUAUUUUAGCAUUAGCCAAAAGUAAAGCACUCAAUUUACGUUAUGUCAAACACUUUAUUACUGAUGAAUGCGAUAAAGUACUUGAUUCAAUUGAUAUGCGUCGAGAUGUUCAGGAAAUAUUUAAAAUGGCACCACAUGAAAAACAAGUACUUAUGUUUAGUGCUACAUUAAGUAAAGAAAUUCGACCGGUGUGCAAGAAAUUCAUGCAACAUCCAAUGGAAAUUUAUAUUGACAAUGAAACUAAAUUAACACUUCACGGUCUUCGUCAGCAUUAUGUGAAAUUACGUGAAAAUGAAAAAAAUCGAAAAUUAAUUGAUUUACUUGAUAAAUUAGAAUUUAAUCAAGUAGUUAUUUUCGUUAAGUCAGUACCACGUUCAUUAGCCAAAAGUAAAGCACUCAAUUUACGUUAUGUCAAACACUUUAUUACUGAUGAAUGCGACAAAGUACUUGAAUCAAUUGAUAUGCGUCGAGAUGUUCAGGAAAUAUUUAAAAUGACACCACAUGAAAAACAAGUACUUAUGUUUAGUGCUACAUUAAGUAAAGAAAUUCGACCGGUGUGCAAGAAAUUCAUGCAACAUCCAAUGGAAAUUUAUAUUGACAAUGAAACUAAAUUAACACUUCACGGUCUUCGUCAGCAUUAUGUGAAGUUACGUGAAAAUGAAAAAAAUCGAAAAUUAAUUGAUUUACUUGAUAAAUUAGAAUUUAAUCAAGUAGUUAUUUUCGUUAAGUCAGUACCACGUUGUACAGCUUUAUGCAAGCUAUUGACUGAGCAAAAUUUUCCUGCUGUUGAAAUUCAUCGUGGAAUGCCUCAAGAAGAACGUUUGGCACGUUAUAAAGAAUUUAAAGAAUUUCAAACACGUAUUCUCGUUGCAACAAAUUUAUUUGGACGUGGUAUGGAUAUUGAACGUGUUAAUAUUGUAUUUAAUUAUGAUAUGCCAGAAGAUUCAGAUACAUAUCUUCAUCGAGUUGCUCGUGCUGGUCGUUUUGGCACAAAAGGUUUAGCUAUAACAUAUGUUGCAGAUGAAAGUGACGCAGGAAUUCUCAAUGAAGUUCAAAGUCGAUUUGAAGUACAAAUUACUGAAAUGCCCGAUGAAAUCGAUGUAGCUACAUACAUCGAAAAUCGUUAA